AUGAUAGGAACCACUGAAGAUCUCUUCCAAGAUUCAGAAGGACAGGAGGGAUCUGAGUUACUUGAACACCAGUUUUCAGACUUGGAAGAGUCUGGUGAUGAUGAUGAUGAUGAUGAUGAUGAUGAUGAUGAUGAUGAUGAUGAUAAUGAGGAAGAAGAGGAUGAGGAGGAAGAAGAGGAAGAGGAUAACCAAGAGGAAUCACUUGGAAAGCCUUCUGAAACAAAGAAUACUUCCCUUCCAGGGAACUUUCUACUAAGUUCUCUCCUUUCCCAGGAAAAAGGUACCAAGACAACCUUGUCUGCAGUAGAAGAUGUUCCUUCUGGUAAUGAGAGUACUGUUCAUUGUUCCCAGACUGCCUCCUUAGAGCCUGAAAUGAAAUGGUCAGCUGACAGCUGUGAAGUUGCUGUGUGCCACAGCUUGUUAAGACUUCAUCGACCAGCUCAGUCCUUCGGUGUGCUCUCAACUUCGGCUGAGAAGGAAUCUGUUAGAAGACCGCAGAUGCUCUUAGCGAUGGAUUUGUCAGUCUCCAAAGAUAUCGCGCCUAGAAGGAAGUGUUCCCAAAGCAAGGACUGUGGGAUUAGCAGUAGUGGAAACAACCGGUCCUUGACUCAAAAGCAUCUGUUAACCAAAAAUGAAACUUCACCAAAAAGAUUGUCAUAUACUGGAGAAAUGCCCUCCAGUCACCAAGCUCUGAGAGAGUCAUUUGUCUUCUAUAAUUCAUCACCAAGAGUUGAGAUCUCACCAAGCAGAUACCUUUCUUCAAAGACAGAGCUCUCAUCACCCUUAUACCUUCCGCCAGCAAGAGGGAUUUCUCCGGUGAGAUGUGUCUCUCCAAGUAGGGAAAUGUCAUCAUCUAGAUACUUAUCUCUGAAGAAAAUGCUGUCCCAGAGCUAUUCAGAGCCACCUUCAUGGUAUCCAUUCCCAGGAAGAGAGGAGUUGCCUUCUCAGAGCCAAGUGGCAGCAGAUGAAAAAGUACAAAACUUAAGUAAAACUCACUAUGGAAUAUUAUCUUCGGUGCCUCUACCUCACAGGUCCCUUGACAAGGAUACAGAGCUGCAUGAAGACCCUAAGCUGAAGACAGAGUCCAGGAGCCCAACAGUUUCACCAGGCAUCAUUCAACAUCUCUAUUUCAGACCUUUGCAUUCGCUCCAUGAAGUACCCAUUCAUGCUCCGGAUCGAGUGGAAGACCAUAUUUUUAGUCAUCUCCCUUUGCACUCCCAGCAAUUACCCAGGAGCCCUUGCCCAAUGAUCCCAAUUGGGGGCAUCCAAAUGGUCCAAGCAAGGCCCAGUAGCCAUCCCAGCUUGGGGCAUGGAUCAGUGAUGUCCCUACAGGCCAGCUACUUUGAACUUGGUGGUAGCACUUCUGAAUUCAGCCAGAUGAAAGUCAAGGGCAAAGAAACUCCAAACAGAUAUGAAGCUCCUUCUUCAUCGGCCACUUCGCCACUUCAAAGCGGCAUCUACAUGGAAGAGAAAACAAGAACUAGUGAACUUCAGCAAAUACAAUCCAAGGAGGGAUACAGGGUAAAAAAGUGUAGUUCAGAGCAGGAGAGCUGUACGGCCACCCAGAUGAGUUCUUGCUCAAUGGGGGAGUAUUCUUCAAAGCCUUUGGCUCAUGGGGAAGGACCCUUCACCAAGAAGGGGAAGAAACAUGGUGGCAGCUCAUGUACUACUUUCAGAUCCAACUGCACUUUUAUUUCAAGCAUCCCCACGCAGUCACUGGACCGAAGCAGCAGCAUGGGCUGCCUAUUGGAACAUUCAUUCAGCCAGUCCUCUCACCAGCUCUCCACCAGAAGAAGGAACCUGUCAGGAGAGCCAGCCCCACAAGCAGGGGCACCUAGGAGAAGAAGUCCAUCCUUGGAACAUGCUGCAGGCUUUGGCUUAGCACAAAGCCGAAUGGAGAACAGUACAGGAAAUACUUAAGCUCCUGCUCUGUCCUUCUCAGCAAUUUCUCAGAUGUUAACAACAGACCUUGGUCAGUGCUGUUGGUUUUAGAGUAAAUCAUUGCUAUAGGAAGGUCCCUUUGGUGUAGAAAAAUCAUGCUCCGUCCCUCCAUUUUACUUUCACAUUUCCUUGUGCCUUUAUCAAUGCCCCUUUUUGUUGUGGUUGCUUGACAUGCACACACACAAAACUGAAGCUACAAGUGUUUUACACACUUGAAAAGGUGUUAAUCACUCAUGCCUCUCCAUUGCCAUUAACCAUGUCUGUUCCAAGGAACUCCGAUAAAUGCAGACAGGAAAGAGUCAAGAAUCUUUUCCAAAGGAUGCACUGAAAACUUCUAGGAAAAUUGACACCUCUUCAGAGAUACUGAUUAGGAAAAAAAAAAAAUCUGCUCCCCUGUACAGAAGUUAUAAUCCCCCAUCCCUAUUUAUUACAUGCUUUAUUUAAUAUGUGGUGAAGUGCUUGUUAUUUUAUAAUGGUCCUUUUUAUUAUUAUUUGCAUUAUUCUGAUUGCCUGUAAAUGUGCUUUAAGGACAGCUGUGACUGUUCUGAUGGGGAGGGGGGAGAAGUGUUUACCCUUGAAUUGUUGAUGAAAUUAGCACUUACUUUGGGGAGGUAUUAAUGGCAGUGAAAAUAAUUCGGUCUCCCUGCCCUGAAAAAAAGGGGGGGGG